AUGGAAGCCCUCAGACAAGAACUGGAGGGAAUGAAACAACAGAAGGCACUGAAAACUGAGAAGUCCCAGAUUGAAGCUGAAGCUAACAACCAAAGAAACCUUUUAGUAAAACCGCAGUCUGAUCUCAAGAGCCGCAGUCUGAUCUUAAGAGAUGCUUACAACAACCUAGAGCAUGCCAACUACCGCUUGGAUUCUGAGAUAAAAACCUUGCGGCAUGGAGGCAGUGUGCUGUAUCCUGACGUGGAAGGAAUAAAAACGCAAGUCAAGGAAGAGGCUGUUAAUGACAGAGGUGGUACUGAAUGA